AUGGAUGUAAAAGACCCAAAAGUAUCAACCAAAAGUACACCAAUAAGAGAAGCAUUGACACCAAAACUUAACAAUGAGGAUGGCAAUAGUCAACAAUCGCCAACAACAACAGUUAUAAAUUUAAAUGAAGAAAUACAAAUUUUACCAAAAAAUGUUCGAAAAUUACGGCGUGGUAGUACAAGCACUAUAACAUCACUCAGUACUGCCAUUGUUCAAAAAAAGCAGCUAACAGAUAAAAGUGGUCGACAAUCAAAACGACAUGUACCAAAAAAACCUUUGAUUGAUCAAACUGAACGUUCACCAAAUUAUCAUCCAUGGAGUAAAAGAUAUAUAGCAAUCAUUACUCGUCCACCAAUGAAAAAAUGUAUGUCCAAAACUCCUUUUCAUCGUCUAUAUUAUAGGGAAAAAAUAUGUGAAACAACUGAAAAAAUACCAAAUUUAUUGUCAAUGCAAGUUAUAAAAGUGAAUACGAUAGAUGUUCAAUAUAUACCUCGAAGAUCUAGUUCAAGACCACCCACUCCUGUUAUAAGAUACGUACGACGAUUACCUUCUGAAAUACCACUAAUACCUGUUGAACAAGUAACCGAGAAAGAACCAGAUGAGAUGGUGCAAACAAUAAAUUCGAUUAAAUCAGCAUUAACAUCACCGGUGUCUCAACCGAUUAUUGUGGAAAUAUCAAGACCCAAUACUGCUACCACAACUUUAAUAAAUAGAGCAAAAUUAGCCGAAAAACUAAUCAAACGACCACCACGACGGAUUUAUAAUUUUUCCAGAGAAACAGUUAUUCCACUGGCGGCAUUUGGUUAA